AUGCGUCCUCAUAUUGUACCAGUCUGCGAUAGAUGCCGCCGGAGGAAGCAGAAAUGUGACACGGAAUUGAAGCCAUGCUCUGGCUGUAUCAGCGCUGGUGUCGAAUGUGUCAUGACGGAUCCUGAAACAGAAGAAGUCGUCCCACGAACAUAUGUCCUCCAGCUAGAAAGUCACGUCGCGACACUGGAGAAGCAACUUGCUGAGAAGCGCAUUCAUGUCCAGCAUAGCCCAUGUUUGCCAGUCCACAAUCUCUCCGCAACGAAUAUCCCCGAGUCCGUCUCAGUCCUUCCAGGAAGCCGAUACUUGGGUGCUUCCAGUGGGUUCGCCUUCGUGGAAUCCGCUCUCCGGCUGGCAUAUAAGCGCGGCAUACUCGAAUCGAUUCCAGGCGAGGAAGAGGGAGACGACGUCAGCACCAAUAUGUCCAAGCGGCAUGGAUUUGACGACCUCCUCCCCGUUUUACAAAGCCCUUCUAUCCCGGAGCGGCCUCGGAUGAUAGAGCUGUUCGACCUCUAUGACGAAGCUCAGUGGCAAUAUCUUAUCCUGACAGAGAGCGAAUUCGAUGCCCAUCUGGAUGCUUUCUACAGGAUGGACCCUAUGGACUGCCCGAUCUCAGCUGUAGUUGUCUAUAUGGUUUUCGCCAUUGCUGUCCAACACGUUGAAAGGACAGACUGGAAUGUUGCAGCUUCCAAUGUCGCGAGCUCCUAUCACCAACAGGCGCUUGGUAUGGUCGGCUUGCUUUUGCGCCAUCGCUCCAUUGAGAGCCUCCAAGCGAUCCUCCUUGUCUUGGUAUUCUCGAUCAACAACCCUCAGAAGCCAAUCGUCUGGCAUCUACUGGGCAGUGCCAUGCGCUUAGCUUCGAACCUGAAUCUUCAUAUUGAGCCUGAAGAUGUGUCCACCCGAGACAUAUCACACCGCCUAUUUUGGUCACUGUACAGCAUGGAUCGAGCCAUUGGCAACACAUUAGGGCGCCCCACGAUUCUGGAAGAUGGCUUUAUCACAUCUACAUUGCCGAUGAGGACUCCAUUUGGGUUGGGGAUAAGCCUCAAGGAGACACGGCAACGAGAAAUUGCUGCGCACUGUUUCCGGAUACGGCAGAUUCAGAGCGAAGUUGCUGACACUCUGUACCAAAAGCUUCGUCAGCCGAGUGCUACGUUCUUUGCCGACAUGCAGACCAGACUUCAAGAAUGGCAUGAAACUAUCCCACCUCACGCAGCGAGCGCACCGCAUAUCCUCGACUGGUUCCAUCACUCUUACUUCAAUGUCACCAUGUUCAUCCACCGGCCCUCGCCAGUGAAUCCCCAACCCUCAACGGAGCAUCUGAACAAGUGCUUUGAAGCCGCUGGCGAGGUUCUCCAGUUCUACUCCAAGAUCCACUCACGCGGCGGCUUCGACGCGACGUGGAUGGCAGUGCACUGGCUCUUUCUUGCUGCUAUUACGCAUCUCUUUUGCUUGUGGACAGACGAAGACAUACGACGAGCAGCCGACUGGGCGAAAGUCAAUGAUGCGAUCCAAUCUACUGGUAUGGUCCUAUCAGCUAUGACCGAGAGGUGGAGUUCCGGCCGGAAGAUGCCCGAAAUUUACCGAAAACUGUCGUCAGGGACGUUGGCCAAGUACACCACGAUCGGACGGCUCGAGGACAAGCCGACUACACCGUCUCAGAAUCUUGUUUGGGAGGAGUUCCAGCAGCAGAAUGCCCAACUCUUCAGCUUGGAUGACAUGGCGAUGGAUUUUGAUAUGCAAUUCUGGAUAGAUAUGCAGGGCUCGUCUACAGGAACUACCUUUUAG